AGAGGGACGGCUGGACUCCAUUAAGCCAAAGCCUGCAGGAAAACUGUUUGGGACACCUCACUUCUCCGGCGACUUCGUGUGGGAUUUCUCUCUUCUUUAUUAUCUUUUACAGGAACUCAUACAUGAUUUAAACAGGAGAAACUUGUCCUGUGCCGUGUAGUCGACUGAUUUAGUGUGUUUUUUCGUCUUUGUGAAGGAUGGCGCUGGAUGGGAUCCGGAUGCCCGAUGGCUGCUACGCUGACGGGACGUGGGAACUGAAGAUGCAUGUCACUGACCUCCACAGGGACGUGUCGCUGAGAGUCACUGGGGAAAUCCACAUUGGCGGAGUCAUGCUCAAACUCGUGGAGAAACUAGAUGUGAAGAAGGACUGGUCAGACCAUGCAUUGUGGUGGGAGAAGAAGAAGACAUGGCUGUUGAAAACCCACUGGACAUUGGACAAGUAUGGCAUUCAAGCUGACGCCAGGCUGCUCUUCACGCCACAGCACAAACUGCUGCGCCUCCAGCUGCCCAACAUGAAGCACAUGAAAGUCAAGGUCAACUUCUCAGACCGCGUCUUCAAGGCGGUGUCGGACAUCUGCAAAACUUUCAAUAUUCGCCAUCCAGAAGAGCUAUCGCUACUGCGUAAGCCUCGUGAUCCCAAGAAGAAGAAGAAAAAGUUGGAGGAGGCAGAAGAGGAUGACCUACAGCUGGAGGGUCCACUGUUGACUCCUGGAUCAGCCUCUGAGGUAGUGUACAUCGGACCUGUCAAAGGGAGCAUCUACUCCAGUCCAGGCUUGUACAGUAAGACAAUGACCCCCACCUACGACUCCAGGGACGGCAGCCCGCUGUCACCGACUUCUGCCUGGUUCGGGGACAGCCCGUUGUCUGAGGGCAAUCCCAGCAUCCUCGCUGUCAGCCAGCCAAUCUCCUCACCAGAUAUCCUGGUGAAACUGUACAAGCCCCAGUCCCUGCUCGACAAAGCCAAAAUCAACCAGGGGUGGUUGGACUCCUCCAGGUCUCUAAUGGAGCAGGAUGUGAAGGAGAAUGAGGUGCUGCUGCUGAGGUUUAAAUACCACAGUUUCUUCGAUCUCAACCCUAAGUAUGAUGCCAUCAGAGUGAACCAGCUCUAUGAACAGGCCAAAUGGGCUAUCCUGAUUGAGGAAAUUGAGUGCACAGAGGAAGAAAUGAUGAUGUUUGCUGCCCUGCAGUACCACAUCAACAAGCUGUCAAUCAUGGCUUCGGACAACCACAUGAAUAACAGUGAGAAGGAGGUGGAUGAGGUGGAUGCAGCCCUGUCAGAUCUGGAGAUUACUUUGGAAGGAGGGAAGACGUCCAACACACUGGGUGAUAUCACAUCUAUUCCUGAGCUAGCCGACUACGUCAAAGUCUUCAAACCUAAGAAACUGACGCUGAAGGGCUAUAAGCAGUACUGGUGCACGUUCAAGGAUAUCACAAUUUCCUGUUACAAAAGUAAAGAGGAAGCACACGGGACACCUGCUCACCAAAUGAAUCUAAGAGGUUGUGAGGUAACUCCAGAUGUUAACAUCUCGGGUCAGAAAUUCAACAUCAAGUUGCUAAUCCCUGUGGCUGAUGGAAUGAAUGAGAUCUGGCUCCGGUGUGACACGGAGAAACAAUAUGCCCACUGGAUGGCUGCGUGUCGCCUGGCGUCCAAAGGGAAGACCAUGGCUGACAGCUCUUACAACCUGGAAGUCCAGAACAUUCUGUCCUUCCUCAAGAUGCAGCAUAUGAACCCAGACCCUCAGUUCAUUGAGCCAAUCACCACUGAUAUCAACCCAGAAUGCCUGGUGUCCCCACGCUACCUGAAAAAGUACAAGAACAAGCAGCCAGGCUAUAUCAGGGACUUGAUUUCAGCCCGGAUUCUUGAGGCCCAUCAAAACGUGGCCCAGAUGAGUCUCAUUGAGGCCAAGAUGCGCUUCAUCCAGGCGUGGCAGUCCCUGCCUGAGUUUGGAAUCACUCAUUUCCUUGCCAAGUUUCAGGGUGUGAAGCGAGAGGAGCUGAUGGGCAUCACGUACAACCGUUUGAUCCGCAUGGAUGCCAGCAACGGGGAUGCCAUCAAGACUUGGCGCUUUAGCAACAUGAAGCAGUGGAACGUCAACUGGGAGAUCAAGAUGGUGACGGUGGAGUUUGCGGACGAGCCCAGUCUGUCUUUUGUCUGCGCCGAGGUGGACUGUAAGGUCGUCCAUGAGUUCAUCGGUGGCUACAUCUUUCUGUCCACGCGUGCCAAGGACCAGAACGAGUCCCUAGAUGAGGAGAUGUUCUAUAAACUGACCAGCGGCUGGGUCUGAGCUGCAGCAACAACCCAGGGGUCAACAAUUGUAGGUCAGGGGGGCCAGGAAGGGAGCGGUGAGAGUCUGUGUGGGGGUGGAACUGCAUUGUAUGGGUUUAUUUUAUUCUACUUUUCUCAGUCUUUUUUUUUUAAUUGUUUGGAGAUGUGCUGAAGAGUCAACUGUUGUCACACCGACACUACUUUUAUUGUUUUUGCGUCGUCGCCGACGAGGUCAUUUGUUACAACACUACUCUGUGGUGACUGCAGUCCAGGUGAACUCUGAACUCAAACUCCUGUGGUUGAACAGAAGUCUCAUGCAAACCUGACACAAGGUGUUGGUCUGUUUAACCACGUCCCACCUGCCUCCUCUCUCCUCCUGGACUGACGGCCGUCAACUUGCGUCCACGACUUCCCUUUAAAACCAAUCAAACACCAAAUGUUAAUCCCAAAGAUCCUUCUUUUUUUUUUUUCCUUUUGUUACUUUUUGUCUUGCUGUCCUUUUCUCUCGUUCUUCUUUAUCCGGACUAAAGGAACUGACGUUUAACAGUUAUUAAAACGUACUGUGAUAUAGUGCCACAGAUACCCACACUUUUAAUUAUUUAUCCUGAAAGAUGGACUUCGUCAGUGAGUCUAAUCCAGAGGGUGAACAGCAGCAUACUGUACAUCCUGUCCACUCUAUAUGAAGGUUUUAAUCUCCACUCCAUUGAAGUCAUGUGUAAGCACUUGUGCAGUAUCCAGUCCUGUUUAUGAAUAAGCUGUUUUUGUUUUUGUUUUGUAUUCUUUUUGCUUUUGUUGUUUGUCUUUGUUUCAGACGUGGAGAGUCCAGACUCAUCAUAUUCACUGACAGGUGACACUUGAAAGUCUGAGGUUUCUAUUUAAUAGACCGUAUGUGAGGACACGCUACAGUUCACUGCACAGGGACGCGUGUCUUUUUUGUUGUUAAAUCAGCAGCCUACAUUACAUUGUUACAGCCAUUCAUUCUGUCCUUUUUUAGUGUUUCCUGAAAGCAAGUUUUAAAAACUCUGUUUGGAACUAAGUACACGUGUAUUUAAAAUGUCUCACCCCAUUGGCAGUUUUUAAUUUUUAAAGAUAUUUGUUUAUCCACAUUCAAGGCAGUCUCCUGUUGAGACUUUUAAGGGUUUUUUAAUUUUCUCACCUGAAUGCAUCCAAAUGCUUUAAUAUUUAGUGGUGUGCGUCUCCGGCUGCUGUUCUGACCACACAAGAAGGGAAAUCACCCCCCCCCACCCCUGACAUCUCAUAGCUUAGUGCUGUUACACUACAUAUCACAAGGCCUCCCUUUUGUCCUUGUGCCGCCAUUAACUUUAAUUGCCUUUCUCACACCGUAUAGUAUUAAUAUUGUUGUUAUUCUUAUCUUUAUCAUUACACACCAGCAAAAAAGGUCACUGGGUUUGAAGAAUGAAUAUGCCAACGUUCCUCUCUUCUCUCCUCAGUAUGAAGGAUCAGUUAGUUAGUUGGAAAGUAUUGUUUUUUUUGUAACUAAUGUAAAAACACAAACGUUUUAUAGAAAUUGUACAGUUUGUUUUUUUUUUUCUUCUGCAUUUUCAGGGUUUGGAGGUUUUUCCUUUCAGAAGUAAAAGGGGAGGGGGAGGGGCAUCUGUCGACCUGUAGUAUUCAGAACUGUGCCUGCUUAUGUUGUGGUCUUACUGAGUUUUCAGAUGAAGAUAUAUAUGAAUAUACUAUAUGAAGAUAACACUAAUCUCAAACUCCAGGUUUGAAGAUGUUUGUCGAGUACAUAUAUUUUUUUCCUAAAAAUCCAGAUACGUAUGCCUUUUUAAAUGUAUUUUUUUUUUCUUUCUUGUAUCAUUGCUUAACUUUAUUCAUUUCUGCUUUCUCUUCCACCACUCGUGGCUGAAAUAUCUGUGGCCCCGAGUUGCAUUUUUAGCUCAUUCUUUAGACCGACCGCGAUACUUUCUGUGCAUUAACGCUCAACUUCACUUAAAUGUCUGGUAUUGUCACAAAUGAAGUGUGCCAUUUAAUAAUGUCCAUAUGAAGGAGACACAUUGUUAAGACCCUGGAGUUUGAGACAAACCAACAAAAAAAAAAACAAACAGAGGUAAGAGAAAAUCAAACCUUGAUGUUUUUUUGUUUGCCUCCAGUGUCAGGAGCAGCAGUGCAUGUCCUGCUGCUCAUGUUUUCUGACUGUAAAAAUGCAUUUAUUUUAAAAAAUAAAGUAAUUUUUAUUUAA